AUGCGAAAAGUCGUAAAAAUAUUGUCUUUGAUUUUAGGAAUUAUUUUCAUAUUGUGCGGGCACAACAUCAACGCAACGAAUUAUUGCCCAUUUGGGCAACAAGAACCGGGACUAUUCUGUGGAAGAGGACCGACAAGUCAGCCAUGUCCGACAGGAACUUAUUGCGAAAUAUCUCCAGUCGACGCCUAUGCCGUAUGCUGUCCUGUCUAUUGCACGAAUGGUCUGCCGAAGUACAAAGGCAAUAAAAGCAGUAAAGGCAUAGUUACGUGUGAUAAAAAUGAAAAAAAAUGUGGCAGUAAAUACAUGUGCGAAACUAUACCAAACUAUGACGAGAAAGUUUGCUGUCCACGAGAGUCUAACUGAAAAAUGAGUUGACGAAAUAAAUACAUGUAUUGAUGACGACACACCGUUACAAAAUAAAGCA